AUGGAAAUGGUAAACAGUGAUAGUAGUGGCACUACAAAUACGACACCAAAACGAGAUACAACUAAGAGAUCAAGCACUGAAUAUAUGAGAGCUAUGGCAUCACCAUCGACAGCUACGCGUGCUAACGAUGGUGGUUCACCAGAAACACCUUCACCACCCUACCAUGCGAGAAGGUCGUCCACCUCACUGGGAUUCUUAACGUCACCACUUCAUCCAAGGGCUGAGGCAAUUUUAUCCAAGAACGAUGUAUCACCAAGUGGGCCCAGUGGUGACGGUGGUAAUAAUGGGUUGCUAAUGCCACAUUCACCCGGCAUGACACGCUCAAGACUGAUGCCACCGACGACUCCGAAGUCAAGAAAUGCUGAAGUGUUCUUGUCACCACCACCAAAAUUGAAGAGUCCCAGCGUUUACAAAGAUAAUGGUAAGCCAAUUCGUGAGAUCUCAAACAGUUUGAAAGCCAGGCUCAAUUAUGCAUUGGUUAAAUUACAAAAUGGCUGGGUUGAUAAAACCCUACCCGAAUUAGAGCACAAGUUAGAUGAACCGACGUCAUCCGAGCAACAACAACAGCAGCAUCGAAUACCUGAUCAGUCAUCUUCAUCAAUACAUCUACGGCCUUCUGGCUAUAGAGGCUCUUAUCACAAUGAAUAUGCGGCUGAUAAUGAUUCUUCGUACUUGUCGAGUCAUAGCGAUGAAGAAGGUGAUAAUGGUAAUUCUGCCCAUUCAGCCUUUUUGAAAGCUUUGUCAAGUCCUAAGAGAAGGAAGAAUAAUAAUGAGGCCCCGCCAACUUCGCCAUUGAACUGGUCAGCUAAGGGUGAAAGAUUGAAAUCUCAAAGUCCUACAAAUCGUAAACCACAACCACCACAAUUAAAACCACUAAAAGUACCACGCCAAUCUCAACAACCAAAGACAAAGCAACAACCACCCUCGGAAGUGGAAGCUAUUGAAACUCUAAUGUCGCUUUCGUCACCUCAGAGAUCUCAUUCACUUCAGGAAUUUAACCUACCAGCACCUCCAUCGUCUUCAAGACACCAAUCACGUAGUGGUCAACCAUCAUCAUCAAGACGUCAAUCAAGCAGUGGUCAACUAUCAUCACCGACUACAUCUUCAUCUUCAUCGGAAAAAUCCAAUAACGAUAAACUUUCAAAUCCACUAGUUCCUACUCACUCUCAGGCUGAGGCUCAGAAACCAACACAAACUCAAAACCAGGUUCAAAAUCGAUUGGUAAGGCCCUUGAUAGUUCCAUCUUUACAGAGAUCACCAUCAAUGUCUGAUCUUUCACCAGAAUCUUCUGGAUCCGAUAAAUCCAAUCAUAAUGAUAGUAAUGGUUACCUACACUAUUCUCAACAGCAGACUGAUAUCGAAACGGAUGUCGAAGAUUCAGAUGAUGGAAAUGUUUGA